AUGACGGCGCGCGACGACGCGCGGGACGACGACGACGCGCGGCGCCUCGAGGCGGGCGCGCGCGCGCUCGAGGCGGCGCUGACGGUGGACGACGACCCGCUGCGGUCGGGGGCGUCGGACGUCGAGCGACGACGACCGGCGUCGGCGCGGCGCGGACGAGGCGCGAGAGCGCUCGACGCGAGCGAGUGGGUGGCAAAGUUCGGCGUCGCGCGCAGGGGAGGGUGCGAUGGACGCGUCGGGACGCGGGCGACGGGGGCGACCGAGGCGACGAGGGCGGCGACGGCUGGAGGCGGCGGCGGCGAGGGAGGGACGACGACGACGAGCGGGAGGCUGGGAUUGGUGGCGAAAGAACGCGUGCGGGCGUGUGAGGUGCUGAUCAGAGAGCGAGUGACGUCGAUUCAGGGGACGUUUCGGAGUCAAGGGGCGUGCCUGGCGAGACUCAUGGAACGCUUGCGAGAACGCGGAGAGCAAGACGCGAGUCGAGCGUGCGCGCCGUCGAGGGAGAUGGCGAAGAAACUGCUCUCGAACGCUGAAGAAAGAGAGGAGGUUUUAGCGCUCGGGGCGAAAUUAGGCGUGGAGGACGAAGAGGAGUGGUUAAAGUUUGCGGCGUUUGUCAAAUAUAACGCCGUGACGAGAACGUGUCGACCGGCGACGACGAGCGCGGGCUCGAUGAUAGGCGCCGAUGCCUACGUGCAGUGCUCAAUGGUGAUGUUUGACGCAAUUAGCGCGUGCAACCACUCGUGUGACCCGAACGCGGAGGUGAGUCACGUGUCCGACGAGGGUGAGGUGUCGUUGUAUUCGCUUCGCCCGAUUGAGCGCGGAGAGGGGAUAACAAUUGCGUACGGAAAGCCUUCCCUCCGUUGGCUUCCAGCGCGCUGUCGAAAGAAAGCUUUACGCAGGGAUUGGUAUUUUGAUUGCGCGUGCGCGCAGUGCAAGGCGGAAGUCGCCUCGGGAUUAGCUGUAGAUAAGCCUUUGGCGCGACCGUGGGACAUACAAGAUCCGCGAUGGUUCUUUUGCACACACGACUACGUCACGGGAUUCGAGUCGCACUUUGACGGCGAAGGCAACUUACUCUCGCUGAAAUCGGCGACUGCGUCUCGAUCGAAUGUUUCACCGAGCGCGAGCGGGGCAAACACGUCUGAAUCUGCCGCAGACGGCGUCGCCGCGGAAUUCGGCGCCAAGUUGCACGUUGGCGGCUUGGGACUCGCAGCCGAUGCGAGCGGUAGUAGUAGUGGCUUAUGCGAUUCAUCUGAUUCGUCUUCGUGCCAGUCGGUGGAUUUAGACGAAUACGACCGCGAAUCGAGCGGAAGCGAGGACGAAGACGUCCUGCGAUGGCACGAGCGCUGGCGCUCAAAACGCAUCAAGGCAUACAGCGUCAAGAACGUUGGAUUGUAUACCCCUUUGCAGCUUUAUCACGCCAUGCAGCGCUGUCAAAUCAGACAGGAUCAUUGGCAACUUCUUGUCGUGCGUGAGGCUUUGAUCAGUCAAAUCAUGAACGACGCGGCGAUGAAAGGAAACGCGUCGUCUUCGCGCCCCAACGCUCCGAGUCUUGACGGCGGAUGGGGCGAGCGCGGGAAGUUCCAAGCCUUCAAGCUCAUCUUAAAUCAGUGUAGAAGUCUGGCGCGUAUGGCGCCGAACACAGGAAGUUUUGCAGAAUUAUUUGCGACGCUCGAAAACAUCGUGUACUGGUGGAGCACCGACGGCUGGCACUACGUCUCGACGAAGCGCGAGCGCCGCGAGCAGGAGCGCGCUUUCUCGCGCGCUCGCGCGAGACGCGCGAGAAACGGCGCGGGAGAAACGGCGCGGGAAUCCGAUCGCUCCGAUUCCGUCGAUGACGAUGAAUUUUUCGAAAUUCCCGUCCGUUCGCGAUGGGCGUUUCGCUUGGAACGCCUGCGAGACGCCGCGCACGCCGACGUCUUGGCGUGGAACAUGCAGUUUGGGAAGCUGCCGAGCGCGCCGUUUUAG